AUGGAGGUUUACAAGAAGAAGCGUGCCGAAGCAGGUGCACCCCCUCUCGCCUUGCUUUUGUGCAGCUUUGCUGCUGGGCUGGGCGGUGCUGCUAGAACUUUGAGCUGUUCUACUCUGAUGAAGGGUGCAGGGCAGCUCGCACAGCAGCCGCAGCCAUGUCAUCAGUUCACGCCGGUGAGAGUGAAGCAGGAGCACGGACAUCACUGGGUGGAUGCUGAGCUGCUGAAGACGUUCAGCCCAAGGUCCCAUGCCGGGGCCCUGGACAAGAUUCCGGAAGGACCCUGGAAUCCCCAACCUGGGGAUUAUGCCGAGGCACGUGUCUUCGACACCAACGGCGCCUCGCAGGGAACUGCGGUGGUCCGGAUAGUCGGGAACGACCCCAAGGGUGCCGCGGGCCAAUGGCUCAGUGUCGCGGUGGUCGCCGUGUCGGACGAUUACCUCCAAUGGUGGCUGGAUGCCGGCCCGGGGUAUGUCAACGAUCGGGUUUUCUGGAUGCACCUGUGCUCCAAACCCCAAUCUCGGUGCCGGGCACGCAAGGACGACCCCGCCUUUGAGUUUCACGUCGAUGAACUUCGCACCCUGGCCCUGGGCGACCUGACUUCUGGAACCCCCGACUUCCUCAAACAUGGCCAAGCAGCCUCCGAUCUCCGAUGGGAGAGCAUCUCCUCUGGCAGCUCCAGAGAGCCGGACUCCAGUUCCAGCUCACCCUCUGCGGAGGAGGCGCGUGGCUCCAAGGACAGAGCCGUGGCCAAGAAGAAGAAGAAACGAAAGAAGAAGGAGAAGAAGGGAAAACCCGACAGAGGUCCCUUUGCGGUCGGAACAAACAUCCAGUUCGGGGACAGGGGUGAUUCCGAUUCUUGCGAGUCGGAUUUUCGAGACGCCCCGACCGUGCAAGACCGACACCUGGCUCUCCUGGAGUAUGUGCUCGACCGCCUGGUGGAGGGAGAGAUCCGUCAGGCAACCGACGUAGCCGCUCAGCGAAUAAAGGCCCUGGACGUCUUCCUGGCCAAGGGUCAGUGGUUCAGGGCUCAGCACCUCGAGCUCAUUCCCCGCGAGGGCUCCAGCCUGGUGGAGACCGACGAAGCGAUGCUCAUGGUGGAAAAGGGUGGUAUCCCCAGGGAAAGGGGAACGCCCAAGCCGAGGGCGGACCCCGACUGGGGUGACGAGGAACCCCCUGAUCCGGGCCCGGACCCGGGAGGUGACGAGCCCGACGAUCAAGAAGAGGAUCGAUUCGGAAGAGGAGGAAAAGGAGAGGGACGACCUCGUCGCCGCCGAUCCUCCCUUCUCGGUGACACCGAGGACAACUUCGACUGGGUGGGGCCCGAGGCUCGCCGAAGCUGGGGCCACGAGGGGCUUUUGCUCCACAUCCAGAACCUCUUCCGCAAGGGGGUCAAGUGGAGGGAUGUUGCUGACAGAGUGUCUGUUCAAUCCAGGAGGCGAGCCACCCAGGCGGACCCACCGCGAGGGACGGCCCCAGCGACAUCCUCCCGAUCUCCGUCUCCGCCCUCGACGAGGAGGGCUUUCUUGAGCCGCGUGCCCGCGGGAUGGUCAAGGCCUACUUCAUGGCUGCCAAUUUCCUCUUUUGCUGUGGGUGGCACCGGCCGAUUUGUCUGCCGGCCCCCCCGGCGUUAUCUGAAAGAGGACAUCCUUGAGGCGGUGGACUUUGACUACGACGGCAAAGAGAUCCACCGCAUCACCGACAUCAACCCAGAGCUGGUGAUCGCCGCCUGGCCCAAGGAAGGAGAGGCCGCGGUGUGCCCCGCGACACACUUCAUAGAGGGUGACCUUCUCGAAGCCGUCCUCAACCCAAAGAGGCAUUGGCGGGAGGCGGCUGAGCAGCCCGCCGUUGCCCGAAAGGGGGCAGUACACGCUACCGACGAGGCCUGGGCCAAGGUGGUGGAGACCGGCUUCAAGCGGGGCAUGUUCACGGCUGUGGAAGACUCUGUCGUCCCGCAGGACAGCCCGGGGCACUUCGUCACCAACGGUGCGGGGGCCGUCAAGAAACUCAAGGACGGCCGAGAGGUUCAGAGGUUCAUUGCGAACCUCAUUCCGGUCAACGAGUUUCUCCUUGACCUCCCUGGCGAGCAGCACCUCCUCCCUUACGUGGCGCAGAUGUCUUUAUUCUGCCUGGAAGAGGACCAGCUCAUAAUGGUGGACUCUGAGGAUUUGACCUCGGCCUUCAACUUCUUCACCCUCCCCGAGGGCUGGUCCCGAUACUUCUCUUUCUCGAAGAAGGCGAUCCUCCGGAACCUCGUCUUCAAGAAGGCUUCUAUACCCAGUGCGCUGGAGAUCAAUAAAGUCAAACCCUUUCCGGGCAGCCACGGCGCCAUGCUCUACCUUGACUCCUUUGACGAGAUCAGAGUGGUGGACGGCAUCCAAGGAGGCCACCUCGACGGCGAAAGAGGAACACUUUCCUUUGCACCCGACAAGGCCCGGAAGCUAGUGAAGGCCUCACUGGCGCUGAUCGCCGAGGGGGCCUGGACCGAGCGUAUGCUCCGGCGCUGGGUGGGGUUGGCCACCUUCGCCGCGGCCUUUCGCAGGCCGCUCUUCUCAGUCCUGCAGGAAGUGUUCUACCUGAUCGAGGAAGCAAAGCACGGUCCGGUGGCCUCCAACAAAGUGGUCAUCGAUGAGAUCGAGCCAGAACCGACCUGCGGGCGAGAGUCAGAAGGAGGCUCGUCUGCACAGACGCCUCCCCCUAUGGGAGCCACGGUGGCCACCGUCUCAAGACGGCCAGAUCCGCCGCCGCCCUCUGACGCCGGGGACGCUGAGUGCGCCAACUGCGGGCAAGGAUGGAGGAAAGCCAACGGCUUCAUGCCGUACUCCUGCCUGGCCAGGUGUGGAAGGAGCUUGUGCUCCAUGGAAUGCGUCCAGAACCACCGCAAGAGGGACGCCACCCCUGCUUUCGCUGAGAUCUUUGCUGGGCCCACUGCCCGCCUCACCCGUGCGAUGGCUGAGGCAAAAGUGGCAGUGAGAAUGCCCUACGACCGCUGCGGCGAGGGCAACGAAGACUUCUUCACCCAGGAAGGCAAAGCCCGCCUUGCCGCCGCCAAGUACUUCUCCACGGAAAGAGGAGGACACGCUCAGCUUCGAUCAGGGCAGUGGGUCCGCGGCCCCUCUCAGGUCCGCGACCAGAGGAACCUCCUGGGCCUCCCCUGGAUCAAAAGCGACCUCAACUCGAGGAGACGGCGGACUCUGGCCUCAUCGGCUCGCUUAUCCUUUUUUUGGGAAAGCUACCUUUGGGAACUGGCUGCGGCCAAGAAGUUGCUGGCGGACCGGAGGUUUUACCUCACCACUUUCAGCAUGUGCUGUUUCGGGGGUGAUCACGAGCGCUGGCGGGGGCUUCUCCACAACAGCCCCAAGCUCCACGAGCACCUCAACAAGCCUACCUGUCCGGGGCACCGGGGACUCCGCAACGACGAAGCCUGGUACAGUGGCCCCACGCUCUGCUUCCGCUGCGAGGAAGAAGUGGAGUAUGCGUGGGCCUUUGCCACGGCAUACUCCGAGGCCCUGCUUGCUGAGAUGGAGGACCGCUUCCCCAUGGUGCCUAGGCGCCUGGAGGACUCCACCCUCAAGUGGCAGCUCUACGCCCAGGUCAGAGGAGCCACCGUGGCUUCCUAUCCCUUCCGCCAGGAAGACUCCAUCACGACUUUGGAGCUGACGGCCGCUUUCUGUGAGAUAAGGCGCAUCUCACGCGGCCCGGGCGGACUACUUCCACGUGCUCGACUCCCAGGCCACCUACUAUGUGCUCGCCAAAGGCCGCUCCAGCAGCAAGCCUGGACCCUCUCUGGAUGGAACAGCGCAGAUGCCCCGUCGCGCCGCUUCGAUCAAGAUCAAUAG